UUCUCACCUCGCUGGAGACCGCCUCGCCAGCAAGCCCCAGCUGGUACGUGGAGCGGCAUCACAACAGUGGCCAGAAGCUUCGACAUGAGCACCAUGCCAACCAUGGCCAGAUUCUGGUGCUCGCUCCUGCUCCUGUGGCUCUGCUAUCUUGUCCUCUCUCCGGUGGACUCGUCGCCGGUUGCCAUCAUGCACCUGCCCGGCUUCGACGGGCCACUCCCAUUCUCCCUCGAAACCGGGUAUGUGGAGGUGGACGAAAGCAAUGGUGCGCACCUUUUCUACUACUUCGUCGAGUCGGAGAAGGACCCCAAGAGAGACCCGCUGGUGCUGUGGAUGCAGGGUGGACCCGGCUGCUCCAGCCUCUCUGGCAUUCUCUACGAGAUGGGGCCCUUCCGGUUUGACAUCCAAGGGUACAGACGUGGACACCCUACUUUGCUGUACCGACCGGAGACAUGGACCAAGGUCAGCAAUAUAAUCUUUAUUGAUAGUCCUAUUGGGUCUGGGUUCUCGUACGCCACAACUGAAGAAGGGUUCAAAUCUAGUGAUACCAAGGCAGUUAAAAUGCAAGUCGUCUUCCUCAAAAAGUGGUUGCAUGAGCACCCCCAGUUCCUCUCAAAUCCACUUUAUGUUGGUGGUGAAUCAUAUAGUGGUAUGAUCAUACCCAGUCUUGCCCUGGAAAUCCACUUAUCAAACAAGGAAUCUGGGGAAGAACCGCUUCUUAACCUCAAGGGGUACUUUGCCGGGAAUCCAAUGACUGCCGACAGGUUUGACAGCGCUGGUACAAUCCGAUUUUUUCAUGGCAUGGGAAUACUAUCGGACGAACUUUACGAGAAUGCAAAGAAAUUUUAUCCACAGUUUGCCAAGGAGAGCUGUGGAGGAAACUACAGUGAUCCACCCAAUGCGUUAUGUCGCGAGUCCAUCCAAGCUAUUGACAAUAGAGAUACCUACCAGCUAUCUUAUGUAUGGGCAAAUGAUGAAGGAGUAAGGGAGAGCCUUGGCAUUCGCCAGGGAACCAAGGGGGAAUGGAAAAGAUGUGCUCUCGACAUACCGUACACUAGAGAUAUAACAAGUACACUAGAGAUUCAUUCGAGGCUACGUAGAGAAGGAUAUCCAGCACUGAUAUACAAUGGCGACCAUGAUAGCGUGUUUUCGUUCGUUGGCACUCAAGCAUGGAUAAGAUCUCUGAACCUGUCUAUCACAGAUGACUGGAGACCAUGGCCUAGUCCAAGUCUUGAACCAAUUAAUUUAAGAGCAAAAUGUCUUCACCCAAUGAACGUUGGCAGAUUCACAACAAGUUACUCGACUAAUCUAACGUAUGCAACUGUGAAGGGGGCUGGGCAUACUACUCCAGAGUACAAGCCCAAGGAGUGCCUCGCGAUGUUCGCCAAGUGGCUUUCGGGUGAACCUCUAUGA